GCGCUGCCAUCACUAGAGGUCACAAUUGGGCAACAUUUUGUUUACUUUCGCCAAUAUUUAAACAUUUCAGUCAGAGUUAAUGAAAUAAAACGACUUCAGCUUGAAUUGUGCAAAAGUUUGAGCGGCGGCUUGUGGUUCGGUGCAAAGUGAUUGCAGCAGUGUGUGUGUAUGGGUGUGUGGCCAAAGAAGGACAAUAAAAAAGGGAAACCAAAGGCCGGAACGAGCAAAAGAAUUUCGUAAACAGAUUCCAAAAACAAAACAAAACAACGAUUCACAACGAAAACUUUUGGAGAAGGCAACAGGAGAGACGACCAUUGAACAGUGCCACUCCAUUCUCCGCACCAAAACUAUGGCCAUGUAGUACAGGACCAACAGAAGGGAAACAAAGAACAAAAAUACAAAUAACACCGAGGUGCCCUUAGACAAUCGAAUUCGUACAACAAACCCAGCAACAAGCAACAACGCAAUUUAUAACCAAUUGAAAUUGAUAACUGCCGAUUUUUUUGAACUGACAAUAAACAAAAAGAAUAAACUAAACAAACGCAAGGAGGAGCAAUAUAAAAAGGAAACUUCGCAACAAUCAGGAGAUACAAAUAAAAUAAAUACAAAAUGGGACGCAAAAUAACUGUGGCUGUGUCCACACUGAAUCAAUGGGCCUUGGACUUUGAGGGAAAUUUGGCAAGGAUAUUGCAAUCCAUAUUAGAGGCCAAAGAUAUGGGCGCCAGCUAUCGCACCGGACCCGAGUUGGAGGUUAGCGGCUACAGCUGCGAGGAUCACUUUCGAGAGCCGGACACAUAUCUGCACUCAUGGGAGGUGCUGCUGGAGAUCAUGAUGUCGCCCAUUUGCGAGAACAUGCUGGUGGAUGUUGGUAUGCCGGUGAUGCAUCGGAAUGUGGCCUACAACUGUCGCGUGGCCUUCUUCAAUCGCCAGUUGCUGCUGAUUCGACCGAAAAUGGCAAUGUGCGACGAUGGCAAUUAUCGGGAGUCACGCUGGUUCACUGCCUGGACCAAGUCCAUGCAAACGGAGGAGUUCCUGCUGCCGCGCAUGAUUUCGCAGCACACGGGGCAGCAGACGGUGCCAUUUGGCGACGCGGUGAUCGCCACACGUGACACCUGCCUGGGCUAUGAGAUAUGCGAGGAGCUGUGGAAUGUGCGCAGCAAACACAUCGAAAUGUCGCUGGCCGGCGUGGAGGUGAUCGUCAAUGGGUCCGGCAGCUACAUGGAGCUGCGCAAGGCCCACAUCACCUCGGACCUGAUACGGAAUGCCAGCUUCAAGGCGGGUGGUGCCUAUCUGUUUAGCAAUCUGCGCGGCUGCGACGGCCAGAGGGUGUACUUCAAUGGCUGUUCGGCGAUUGCCCUGAAUGGCGAGCUGCUCGCCAGGGGCCAGCAGUUUGCCCUGCAGGACGUGGAGGUGACCCUGGCCACAAUUGAUCUGGAGGAGAUACGCGCGUAUCGCGUGAGCCUGCGUUCGCGUUGCACCGCGGCCGCCAAUGCGGCCAACUAUCCGCGGAUCCACUGUGACUUCGAGAUGUCCACGCACAGCGACAUCUUCAAAACAUCAACGCCGCCGCUGCACUGGCCCAGCCACACACCCGAGGAGGAAAUCGCCUUGGGGCCGGCCUGCUGGCUCUGGGACUAUCUGCGUCGCUCCGGCCAGGGCGGCUUCUUUCUGCCGCUCAGCGGCGGCAUCGAUUCGAGCAGCUCGGCCACCAUUGUGCACUCGAUGUGCCGCCAGAUUGUGCAGGCCGUACAGCUGGGCGAUGCUCAGGUGUUGCACGACAUCCGGAAGAUCCUGGCCGACACGGACUAUACGCCCGACAAUGCCGCCACGCUGUGCAACCGCCUGCUGGUCACCUGCUACAUGGGCAGCGUCAACAGCAGCAAGGAGACGCGACGACGGGCCGCACAACUGGCCAACCAGCUGGGCAGCUAUCACAUCGAGAUCAGCAUCGAUCUGGCGGUGAAUGCCCUGCUGGGCAUCUUCAAUGCCGUCACCGGUCUGACGCCACGCUUUCGCACACAGGGCGGCUGUGCGCGUCAGAAUUUGGCGCUGCAGAACAUCCAGUCACGCCUGCGCAUGGUCCUGGCGUACAUUUUCGCGCAGCUUAUGCUGUGGGUGAGGAAUCGACCGGGUGGCCUGCUUGUCCUGGGCUCGGCGAAUGUGGAUGAAUCGCUGCGUGGAUAUCUGACCAAGUAUGACUGCUCGUCGGCGGACAUUAAUCCCAUUGGGGGUAUAUCCAAGACGGAUCUGCGACGCUUUCUGGUCUACGCCAAAGAGAAGUACAAUCUGCCUGUGCUGGAGUCUAUUAUUGAGGCACCGCCCACCGCCGAGCUGGAGCCGCUGCAGGAUAAUGGGGAACUGCAGCAGACCGACGAGCAGGACAUGGGCAUGACCUACGAUGAGCUGAGCGAGUAUGGGCGCCUGCGCAAGCAGUCCUUCUGCGGCCCAUACAGCAUGUUCUGCCGCCUGGUGGCCACUUGGAAGGGCGACCUCAGCCCGAAGGAGGUGGCCGACAAGGUGAAGCACUUCUUUCGCUGCUAUGCCAUCAAUCGGCACAAGAUGACCGUGCUAACGCCAUCGGUGCAUGCCGAAAGCUACAGUCCCGAUGACAAUCGCUUCGAUCAUCGUCCGUUUCUGUACAGGCCCAACUGGAGCUGGCAGUUCAAGGCCAUUGACGAUGAGGUGGACAAGCUGCAGCCCAUCUAUACACCCUCCUCGAUGCGACCCAGCAGCGAUGAUCUGCUGCUAUCUACGCAGCGCUCCUCGCAUCUGGAUGACUCGAAGCACUCGUCACCGCUCUCCUCGGCCUCGGGCUCGGCCUCCCUGGAUGUGGGCAUUUCAACGGCGGCCGUACCCCUGGCAGCUGCUGCCGCUGCCGCCGCCGCUGCACCCGGCCUGGCCAAAAAGCCCAGCGGCUACUCCAAGGUGCAUGUGAAUGUCCUGGGAAAAAUCAAAGACCGCACUGGGAUACCUGUCUAGGAUCUAAGCAUCGAACGAAACGCACUGUUGGAAUUCUUGUUUGUUUUUUUUUUUACAAGGAUUACAUGUAGGAUUGAUUAGCCAUUCAAAUCUUGUUCACAUCUUUAUAGAUACACAACAAAAACACACUUAAAAGCCUUUGUAGAGCAUCCUUUUCCAGUUGGCCUUAUCUUCAAACAAAAAACAUUGACUUAUUCCUAAUUAUACAUACAAAAAUGCAUAUUAUAUACAUAUAAACUCGUAUAUUCCCCAUCUGCCCCAUGCUAGACAGUCGAAGAACGACUGCGCGAAGUACCUUAUUUUCCUGUUGAAUUUUUGUUUUAUGUUAACCCCAAAAUAUGAUUUUUCACUUCCUUCAAGUUUCAUCAUUUGAAUGUGUAUUUAAAAACCCAACUAUCUGCUAAGAUAAACAACACAAUGUCGUCUUUUGUUGACUAGUGCCUAUAUAAUCGGAUGAAAACCAUUUGUCCAAAUUUGUACUAUCUUUUGUACUAUCUUUCCCCCCCUGUGGCCCUGUGCAUGCCCAGUUUCAUGUGUGAUUUUUGAUAGUAGCUUUUAUUUAGGCACCUUUUUGGGGAGAUCAAUAUUUGUUUUGUUCGUUUGUGUGCAGUGCGUUUCAGAGCCAGCCAUAGGUGCUAAGGAAUUGUAGGAAUUGAUGUAGGCUAAUUUUUAAGCUAAACUAAAACAAAUGCCUAAAAUCCACUUACUAGUACAACUAAUUGAAAGCAAUAACUGAAGCUAGUGAGCCUUAACCAAAUCGUUUCGAUUCUACGAGUAUUUACUGCCCCUUUUUGGAUAAAUAAACGAAAUAAACAAACUCACUUACAUAGAUGAGAAUAGUAUGUAGAAAGCAUCCAAAUCCAAAGCCCUUAGUCCCUGAAACGCACUGCAGGAAGUGUAUUUGAUCUGUCUGCACAUAGAAAACGAAACCAGCUUAGAGUCAAUUAUGUAGGUAGAAAAGAAAUCGUAAAUUGUGAGCAUUUUGUUUGUUUCGCAGCUGACACCUGUUGGCUUAUCAGGCCCCAACCCGACCAUAAACCGCGCUCAGAAAAACGCAGAGAGACAGGCCCGCGUGUGUUUGCAAUAGAAAUGAUACGAGUAUAUCUUAGCUGGCUGCUGCCUUUUCCGAUGGACGAUGGUGUCUGCUUGUGAGAUUCAAAAUGUAUUUAGUUUUUUAGUUAAAUGCAUAUACUUAUGGUAUAUAAAUUACUAUAUAGAAACUGAUACUUAUAUUAGUAAAUACACCUAGAGACUUUGUGCACGAGGCAUCGCUAAUUCGAACACUGUUAUGGAACACUCGCAUCAAUUUAUUCACUGAUUGUACAUUUAUCAAGGAAAUAUAUACACCAGACAUUUUUGUAGUUUGA